AGUCGGACGUUUUUAAGGGAGGGACCCAGCGUGUCACGCCCCCAGUUGUCCGUUGAACACACACCAGCGACGCAGUUUUAGGUGUUUAAUUUUGUUAUUGCAUUUAAGAUUUAAUGGACAGCGAGACGCAGAAAGAUACUGAAUUAGAGCCGCCAUCAAUUAUCGACCGAUACUACACACGGUGGUACAGAGCAGAUAUGAAGGGGCAACCAUGCGAGGACCACUGUAUUCUCCAGCAUUCAAACAGAAUAUGUGUCGUCACUUUAGCAGAAACCCAUCCGGUUCUCCAGAAUGGACGCACAAUCAAAACCAUAAACUACCAGAUCAGUAACGGCUGCAGUCGCUUAAACAAUAAAGUUUCUGGAAAAUCCAAGAGGGGAGGUCAGUUUCUUACAGAUUUUGCACCUUUGUGUAGAAUUACAUGCACAGAUGAGACCAAGUAUACAAUCUACAGCUGCAUCCGCGGCCGUCUGCUGGAGGUCAAUGAGAAUAUUUUGGAAAGACCAAAUCUGUUACUAGAAAAGCCGUCAACUGAAGGAUACAUCGCUGUCAUCCUCCCAAAGUUUGAGGAAAGCAAGAGUGUGACAGAAAAUCUGUUGAGCAGGAAAGAGUUUGAGAGCAUCGUCUCCAAGCGUGAUCAGCAGCCACAAGCGUCCUGAUGAAGAGUGCCAUCUUCAAGCUGGAACAGCAGUUUUUGGGUUUUUUUUCCUCCCCAUCAGCUCAAAACACAUGGAGUACAGACUGAAUGGUGCAUUGAAAAAUUAUGUAUUAAUCAAUACUAUUGUUGAUUUUGAUUCUAACAGGCCUUGCUUUUUUUGUGGUUGUUAAAUUACUUUUGGAGAAAAUAGUGAGUCGUUCAUUUUUUUGUUGUAAAAAAAACAACCGGUGACUUUUUUUUAAUUAAAAAAAAUAUUGUUUA